UGUGGCACAAAUACAAAAUACGAAACUCCCAGACUUAACCGCUAAGCUUCCCUUCAAUCCGUUCCCUAUAAAAAACCAAAACAACAAACAAAUUUUCAUCACUCAUUCUUUUUUUCUUCUUCUUUUCAAUAUGGUUGUUGUUAUAACCGAAGAAGAAGGUGUUGAAUUUCAUGAUCUACCUGAAGGUUGCAUUGAAAACGUUCUUUCUUUCACAACACCACGUGAUGUUGCGAGACUCUCUUUGGUUUCAUCAACUUUCAGAUCUGCCGCUGAAUCUGAUUCCGUUUGGGAUAAAUUCUUGCCAUCUGAUUAUCACUCGAUUAUCUCUAAAUCUGAUGCGGAAAUUGAUAAUUCACUUUCUGUUCUUCCUAAGAAGGAUCUUUAUGUUAAUCUCACUCAGAAACCGCUUCUUAUAGAGAAUGGCAAAAAGAGUUUUCAAUUGGAUAAAGUUGAUGGGAAGAAAUGCUAUAUGUUAUCGGCGAGGAGUUUGUUUAUUGUAUGGGGAGAUACUCCGAGGUAUUGGAGGUGGAUUCCUGAUCCAGAUUCAAGGUUUCCCGAAGCAGCUGAACUUGUGAGUGUGUGUUGGUUUGAAAUCAGGGGCUGGAUCAGCACUAUCAUGUUAUCUCCAAAGACUUUGUACGGAGCAUACCUUGUAUUUAAGUCGAGUGCUGCUGGAGCCUUUGGAUUUGAAUAUCAGCCAUGUGAAGCCUCCAUUGACAUUGCUGGAGGCGAUACUGUGGAGCGAAAUGUAUUCUUGGAUGCGGGAAGAGGACGAAGGCUAAGAUACCAGAUUGUUCCUCGCUCCCGCACUACUGGGAUAUUAACUCGACUUCGAUCUCCUGUAGAAGCACCAGUCGAACCGACAGAAAGUGUAGCCGAUCUGCGGAAGUAUCCAAAGGAGAGAGCAGAUGGAUGGUUGGAGAUGGAACUGGGAGAGUUCUUCAAUGAAGGAGGAGAUGAUAAGCAGGUGGACAUAGGUGUUUGUGAGGUCAAAGGUGGUGGUUGGAAGGGUGGUCUUGUUGUUCAAGGAAUUGAAAUAAGGCCUAAGACUAAAUCAUGUUGAAAGAAUGACUAAAACCAAGUUAACAUGUUUCGCACAGACUUCAAACGUGCGGUGCACAUCCAAACACAGACUUCAAUUUUUGUCACAUGUCUUUUGUAUUAGGAUCUGUUUAUGUGAUAUUGUCAUCCUCAUCUUCAUGUGAGUACAGACAAAUCCAAGCUUAUGCAUAGAUCUUCCUAUUAAGAGUAUGUUUCUUCCUAAAUGCAGUCAAUGCUGACAACAUUAGCAUCUCCAUUAAGGGAUGUCACCCCAAUCAAUAGGAAUUGGGAGUGAUGAUGUUUGUAACUUUUUUUUUUUUUUUUGAAGGAAGUAACUUUUUUACUUGGUCAUAUUUAUUUAAAUUAAUAAUUAUAAAUAAACUAUAUAGUUGUAUUUU